CCGUAUGACUAGGGCGACAGCGUGGAGAAGCCUCCGAUGGGGGCGGUGAUUCAAGCCGCAGAUGGUGGGAUUUUGGAAUCAGAGCGACGGCAUCGAAGAUACUGAAGAUGAAGAAGAAGGUUACUAUUGAGAUAAAGAAGAAGGCUUCUUCUCCACCUGAUUCUUGUAUGUAGCUCCUAGUUCCUACUGUAAAUGUAUUCCCCCUGGUUUUCAUCUAGUACAACUAUGAAAACGGAAAAAAUGGGAGGGAUUCAUUGAGAUUAACUCCUCCUUGAAGAUUUCACCGGGCAAUGGGUUGGGUUUAGACGAAGGACAGGGUAAGAAAGUGAUUGGGCUUAGAGAGAGACUGGAACGAAAACAGCUAUCAUAUUUUAUGAUUUUAAUUUUGUAAAAGUAACAAAAAAACAAAUUGUAAAAAGAUUGUAAUACCUAUGUGGCUAGGUCAAACGUUGCCACUUAAGCUGAACUCCUCUAGCUAAUGUAUUAUUUUGCCAUGUCAGAGUCAACUAACUGUUGACCCGAUGAAAAGUUAACGAUUUAACUAUUAAAUUAUUUUUCGAAAAGAUUUGACUAUUAUUUUUUUUGGCUAUAAGAGCAUCCCAACGGUGGGAAUAGGGAGGAUUGCAAUCCUAGGUGGUAUUGGGAUGAAAGUGGAGAGAUGAGUGACAUUGUUGUGGAGAGUUUUGCAUCAUUUGCAGAUUUGCACACCAUGCAAGUGGUGGGGGAGGUGAAGGUUGCCGAAGUUCUGUGUGCAGGGGAGGGGAGGUGGUGCGAUGAGAAGCUGGGCCAAUGGUUUGAUCCUCAAACGUGCAUGGCGAUUAAGGGUAUUCCUCUGCCCCGUCAGAAUAUGGAGGAUCGAUUGGUCUGGCAUGGUACUGUGGAUGGUGUCUUCUCGGUGAAGUCAGUGUAUCACCUGGCGGUUGAAGUGGAUCAAUGCCAAGGUCGGUGGCGAAUGCAGGUGAGUUGGAUGGAUAGGGAGAGUUGGAUCCGGAUGUUGAAUGCCAAUAUUCCCCCGAAGUUGAAGGUUUUUCUUUGGCAGAUUUUUCAGAGGGUUCUUCCGACGACUGAAGCGCUUAUUGAGAAGGGCAUUGAGGUCCGGCCUCGGUGCCCAGUCUGCUGGGCUGAGGCGGAGACUAUGGAACAUCUGUUCCUUGACUGUCUUGUGGCCAGGGCGCUUUGGGUUCAGUCGGGUUUGGAAUACCUUGGGGAAGGUUUGCCUCGGCACUCGUUCCCUUUUUUUCUGAAAAAGCUGUUUUCGAUCUUGCACCAACCCUCGCAAUACAUGUUGGUAACUGCUAUCCUCUGGAGGAUUUGGAAGUCUCGGAAUUGGGUGGUCUUUGAAGGUAAACAAUUUGGAGUUCAAGCCUUAAUGAGGCAGUAUAACCAACAGGUGAAUGAGUGGCUCCGGUUGCCACCAGAUCCAAAGGCUCCUAUGCUGGCGGUUCAGCCAAGUCCUUUGGUGACGGUGGAGGCGGAGGGACCAGUGUGUCGGUGGGAUGGAGCUGUGCGGAAGGGGUCUCACGCUGCAGGGGGAAUGGUUGUCCUGUGCGAGGCAGGGGUCGUCCUUUGGGCUGCUGGUUUUCAUUUUCCAUUCAUGGAUGAUCCGGUGGUGGCAGAGUUACUCACCCUCCGGGAGGCUAUCCAGUGGUGCUUGGGUAACGGGUUUUCGAGGAUGACUUUUGAAGGGGAUGCCAAGGUAGUCAUUGAUAAGAUUCGGCAAGGGGAUAUAAGGGAUAGUCGGGUGGGCGUUAUUUUAGAGGAGAUUAUUUGGUUGCUUACGGGUACUUCGGGCUUCAGUGUGCGGUUUGUAGGUCGGGAUGGUAACAGGGUAGCUCAUUUGGUAGCUAGGAAGGCCCUUUCGUUGUUCCCGUCUAGUUGUCGCUAUUUUGAUUUCCAGACCUGGCUGAUAUCCAGGAUGUAGCUACCUAUUUUUCAGAUCAAUUCAUGAUUAUCUUUUGUCAAAAAAAAAAAAAAAAGAUGCGAUUGAAAGCUGGCCCACUUUUUGUAUUUUUUUGGUUCUUUCCUUCUUUCUUUUCUUUUUCUUUUUCGUUCUUUCUAUUUCUACAACCAAAAUUUGCAGAUUGCAUUUGCCUUUUCUAUUUGUUUUGUAUUUAUCUUGUUCCAUUCAUUUCUAUCAUAUAUAUAUAUGUAUGUAAUUAUGCAUUUAGUUCAUGGUUAAUAAGAUUAAUAAUAUGAU